UCAGAGUCUGGAAGUACAGCCUCCAUGGCUGCAUCGAACUCUGAAGCGGAAGUGAAAAAGGAAGAACUGGCAGAAACCAUGGAGCAGCAACAGCUCCACCGCCAUAACCAAUCAGAAGUAAACGAAAACGAAAACGAAAACGAAAACGAUGACGAAUCCCAUCCCCCUCUCUCUGCUCAAUCUUCACCUCCCCAUUCCCUCUCCGACAGCAAAGAUCCCUCGCCGCCACUCCACUCUCCGUCCAACGCCUCGGACUUUUCUGAUCAUACCUGUCAAACUCAUGGCAACUCCUCCAUUGACGACGCUCUCUCUAUUACGCGGCUCGAGGACUUGUCACCGUCGUCUUAUCCUCCGUCUCCGAGACCUGUGGCGGCGAACCGAGCACAGCCGUCGGAGCCGAUUGUGGUGACCAAGGUGGACGCUGAAAUACAGGGAGUGCGGAAAGUGGAAGAGGGAAGUGCUAGCGAUGUUGAGCCUAGUGAUGGCGAUGGCGGUCCGGUUGGGCGAGGACGGAAGCUGAUGGCGAAUUUGUCGAUGAAGAAAAUAAAGAGGGAGGAAUUGAGGAAGAAGAUCUUGCUAGGGUUUAGAAUCGUUGGAUUCGUCUUCUGUUUGGCAUCGUUUUCGGUUAUGGCUUCUGACAAGAAUCAGGGCUGGGCUUUGGAUUCGUUCUAUCGCUACAAGGAAUUCAGGUACUGUAUGGCAGUGAAUGUUAUUGGGUUUGUUUACUCUGCACUUCAAUCUUUUGAUCUUGUAUACUUUCUCUCCACUGGGAAGCAGAUGAUCCGUAAUUACUUCAAGCAAUACUUCGAUUUCUUCAUUGAUCAGAUAGUAGCAUAUCUUCUUCUAUCAGCUUCUUCUUCGGCAGCCACCAGAGUUGAUGAUUGGCAAUCCAAUUGGGGAAUGGACAAGUUCCCAGAUAUGGCUAUCACGUCUGUGGGAUUGUCCAUUGUUGCAUUUGUAGCUUUUGCCUUGAGUUGUAUAAUCUCUGGUUAUACCCUCUGUAAAUCUGCUUAGGUAUCAUUUCUCAAACUAUUCAUGAUCAUAGCAACAAACCAAUGCUGUUGAGCAUAUACAAGAAAUUUAUUCCAACAAUGUGCAGUAAAUUAGAUAUGCUUUCACUUAGAAAAUAUUUGGAAGUUUA